AUGUUCCCGCAGGGACGGCACCCGACUCCCCUUCAGCCCGGGCAGCCCUUCAAGUUCUCGGUCCUGGAAAUCUGCGACCGCAUCAAGGAGGAAUUCCAGUUCCUGCAGGCCCAGUACCACAGCCUGAAGCUGGAAUGUGAGAAGCUGGUGAGUGAGAAGACAGAGAUGCAGAGACAUUAUGUCAUGUACUAUGAGAUGUCCUAUGGGCUGAACAUUGAAAUGCACAAGCAGGCAGAGAUUGUCAAGAGACUGAGUGCCAUCUGUGCCCAGAUGAUCCCCUUCCUGACACAGGAGCACCAGCAGCAGGUCCUGCAGGCUGUGGAGAGAGCCAAGCAGGUGACCAUGGGGGAGCUCAACAGCAUCGUUGGGCAGCAGCAGCUUCAGCACCUCUCCCACCACGCCUCCCCCAUCCCCCUGACCUCCCACCCCUCCAGCGUGCAGCCUGCUGGCCUGAGCAGCACCUCGGGGCUCCUGGCCCUCUCAGGGGCUCUGAUGGCACAGGCUCAGCUGGCCACCAAGGAGGACAGAGUGGCCCAGGAUGGGGAGAGCAGAGAGCGCUCCCCGAGCCGGAGUGGUUCUGCUUCCCCUCCUGAGAGCCUGCAGCAGGAGGAGGAGCGGCAGGGGGGCGCUGGGCUGAAGAGGAAACGAGAGGAGAAGGAGCCCCCGGGGCAUUACGACAGCGAUGGGGACAAGAGUGACUACAACCUGGUGGUGGAUGAGGACCCCAGCUCAGAGCCUGGCAGCCCCAGCCUGGUGCCCAGCAGCCGGCUGCUGCCAGCGCACCGGGAGGUGCCCGAGAGCCCGACCUCUGCCACCUCCAGCCGCAGCCCCACGCCACUCAAGCCCAAGGACCAGGCUCUGCCUGACCCUCCAGCCAGCACUGCCACCUCCAAGCCCUCCUCUUCCUCCCCACCCCAGGACUCCCUCACACCCGGCCCGGGGCCAAGCUCAGCUGCCCUGCUCCGGCAGCCCCCAGGCAAGGCACCGACCAGCGACAGCAUCACUCUCCGCAGCCCUCUGAGCAUCUCCAGCCCCUACUCCUCCUCCUUUGGGAUGAUGUCUCAUGCCACCCUCAACGGGGAGCUGCCAGCCCCCAGCAUGUACCUGGGCAUCCACCUCUCCCCACAGGUCAGCAGUGCUGUGAUGUACGGCCGGUCCCCCAUGGUGGCUUUUGAGUCUCACCCUCACUUGAGGGCUUCCUCCAUCUCCUCUUCACUCCCCAGCAUCCCUGGGGGGAAACCUGCCUACUCCUUCCACGUCAGCGCGGAUGGGCAGAUGCAGCCUGUGCCCUUCCCUCCCGAUGCCCUCCUGGGCUCGGGCAUCCCCCGGCACGCACGGCAGCUGCACACCCUGAGCCACGGAGAGGUGGUUUGUGCUGUCACCAUCAGCAGCUCCACCCAGCACGUCUACACCGGGGGCAAGGGCUGUGUGAAGGUGUGGGACGUGGGGCAGCCGGGCACCAAGACAGCCGUGGCUCAGCUGGACUGCCUGAACCGCGACAACUACAUCCGCUCCUGCAAGCUGCUGCCCGACGGCCGCAGCCUGAUCGUGGGGGGGGAGGCCAGCACCCUCUCCAUCUGGGACCUGGCAGCCCCCACGCCCCGCAUCAAGGCCGAGCUCACCUCCUCUGCCCCUGCCUGCUAUGCCCUGGCCAUCAGCCCCGACGCCAAAGUCUGCUUCUCCUGCUGCAGCGACGGCAACAUCGUGGUGUGGGACCUGCAGAACCAGACGCUGGUCAGGCAGUUUCAGGGCCACACAGACGGUGCCAGCUGCAUUGACAUCUCCAACUAUGGCACCAAGCUGUGGACAGGGGGCCUGGACAACACAGUGAGGUGCUGGGACCUGCGGGAAGGGCGCCAGCUUCAGCAGCACGACUUCAGCUCCCAGAUCUUCUCCCUGGGCCACUGCCCGACAGGAGAGUGGCUGGCAGUGGGCAUGGAGAGCAGCAAUGUGGAGAUCCUGCAUGUCACCAAACCAGACAAGUACCAGCUGCACCUCCACGAGAGCUGUGUCCUCUCCCUCAAAUUCGCCUCCUGCGGGAAGUGGUUUGUGAGCACGGGGAAGGACAACCUGCUGAACGCCUGGCGGACUCCUUACGGUGCCAGCAUCUUCCAGUCUAAAGAGUCCUCAUCAGUGCUGAGCUGUGACAUCUCCAUCAACGACAAAUUCAUCGUUACAGGCUCUGGUGACAAGAAGGCCACAGUCUAUGAGGUGGUUUAUUGAGCCCCCCCCUUCUCUUUGCCACCUUCCUUUUGCCCAACAGGGAAGGAGCCAACCCUUGCUCAAAGCUGAUGGAGACCUGUGCUGGGCCAGCUGCCCCCCAGCCCUCCUCUCCUCCUGCUCUCAGGGUCCCAGCCCUGCUCCCCUGCCCUGGUCACAGAGGUGAAGGGGAGAGCUGGGGCUGAGAGCUCAUGGGCAGGGGUGCCCUCAAGCUGGGCAGAGCCCACUCUGGGUGGCCUGUGGCCUCUCUGUGAGGGCAAGAUGAGGCCAAGAGUGACUGGGGAGAGUGGUGAUCCCAAAUUACUGCUACUGGCUUAAUGGCAGGAGCAGCUGUAAA